AUUUCUUGAUCUUGAAAAUAGCUGAGAAGGACACACGUCUUUUCUUUCUUCUCUUUCAAGAUAAGAAUUAGUAAAGGCAGAGUUUUGGAUUUUCUUUAACAAAGUUUGAGUCAAUGAAACUGUUCAUACGUAUAAAUUUAUUCAAUCAAUUCUUUGCGUGAAGCUUUCUUCUUCUUCUUCCUUUUCUGUUUCUUAUACUAAACCUACAAAACCCUGUUAAAGUUUUGGCUUCGGAUGAAUUUUUAUUGGUCUUCAAUAAUUUUUGAGAGACUGCUGGAUUGUUGAUUUUUUAUUUAUUUUUUUGGAUUAAGGACGAUAUAUCAAGAUUUUCCAAUACUGGGUUCUUGAAUUCUUGUUCAAUUUUUGUGUCACUCUUGUGGAAAAGGUUUAUCUCAAAGAGUCUUGCUUUUUUAAAAAAAAUCCAUUUCAGUAUUAUGUGCAGAUUAUUUUUUUGUCUGAAGGAUCCAAAAAGCAUAAGCUGAUCGUAAAGUUUCCAAUUUUGACCUCUCGAAGCUUCAGAAUUCAAACAUGACUAUUGGAACUGUAAAAGAGAAAAAAUCAAGAAAGAACAAACAGCCAGUAGUAGAUGACCAAUCGCCAUUAUUGCCUACAAAGCAUCAGAAAGAUGGCGGAUUCGAUGAGUUCAAUGGGGCUUCAUAUAGUGGGGCUGUAUUUAAUUUGUCGACUACAAUUGUCGGUGCUGGUAUCAUGGCCUUACCUGCAAUUAUGAAGGUGUUGGGACUCAUUCCUGGGAUUAUUAUGAUCAUCUUGAUGGCUUUCCUCACAGAAGCUUCAAUUGAGUUGUUAAUCAGGUUUAGUAGGACUUCAAAUUCAGUUUCUUAUGGAGGUCUUAUGGGCGAUGCUUUUGGCAAUUAUGGGAAGAUGUUGCUUCAAAUAUGUGUACUUGUUAACAAUAUUGGUGUUCUUAUUGUAUACAUGAUUAUCAUAGGUGACGUGCUUUCUGGAACAACUUCAAGUGGAACCCACCAUGCUGGUGUCCUGGAAGGUUGGUUCGGAGUUCAUUGGUGGAAUGGACGAUUCUUUGUUCUUCUUGUGACCACCCUUGGUGUAUUUGCACCAUUAGCUUGCUUAAAGCGUAUAGAUUCAUUGAGAUAUACAUCUGCAUUAUCAGUCGCCCUGGCUGUUGUAUUUCUGGUCGUAACUGUGGGAAUCACCAUAUUCAAGCUGAUAAAUGGAUCAAUUCUUAUGCCCAGAUUGCUUCCCAGUUGUCAUGAUCUGACGUCAUUCCUCAAGCUCUUCACAGUUGUUCCUGUACUGGUCACUGCAUACAUCUGUCACUAUAAUGUUCACUCCAUAGAAAAUGAACUUGAAGAAAGCAGGCAGAUCAGAGCAGUGGUGCAAAGUGCGCUAGCUCUUUGCUCGAGUGUGUAUGUGCUGACAAGCAUUUUUGGUUUUCUCCUAUUUGGCGAUGCAACUCUUGAUGAUGUGCUUGCCAACUUCGAUGCUGAUCUUGGAAUUCCAUUUGGCUCCUUGCUUAAUGAUGUUGUGCGUGUCAGCUAUGCUGCCCACCUGAUGCUCGUCUUUCCCAUUGUUUUCUACCCACUGCGGCUUAACUUGGAUGGCCUUGUAUUUCCUUCUGCAAGCCCUCUAACCCUGGACAAUUUGAGGUUUGCUUUAAUCAGCGGUGGUCUCAUUGCCAUCAUCUUUUUGGGGGCGAAUUUCAUCCCAAGCAUCUGGGAUGCGUUCCAAUUCACUGGAGCAACUGCUGCUGUUUGCAUAGGGUUCAUAUUUCCUGCUGCUGUUACUCUCAGGGAUCGGUAUGGCAUAGCAACUAAGAGAGACAAGAUCCUAAGUAUUUUUAUGAUUGUCCUUGCUGUCUUUUCGAACAUGGUGGCCAUAUAUAGCGAUGCAUAUGCCUUGUUUAAAAAGAAUUCAUCACCGCGCGAGUGAUUUCUCAUGUACCUGUGUGACACGAGGAAUUCGAAGUAUCAGUUGUACUCAUGGUGAAGUUAGGGUGAAGGCAGGAUAAUACUGGUUAAGCUUUUCUUUGAAGCUACUGGAGUCUAGUUCUAAUAAGUUUACAAACACUGCUCAAUAUGAAAAUUUGAGUAGCUUUGCUUAACAUGCAUCAAGACAUGGCUGCAGCCUACAGUCUUGUACAGUGCCCGCUGAAGUUAUGUCUUACAUACGAAAUGAUGUAUAAACAGCAAAUUCAGCUUGGAUUGGCUUCAGUUCUCUGUAUGUUGAUUUCUUGUGUAUUCAUUUCCAUUGGUUGGGUUUGUUGCUGUUUUUUCUUUUCCUUAAUGAAUCUCCGGGUCCCAGACGCCCUUUUUAGUUGGCUGGUGUUUGGAAUUCAAUUUAUUUUGCAUUGUUUCA